UUCAAUGCUUUUGGAAAACGGGAAAAUGACUUUAUUCAAUUAAUUGUGAAAAACAAAUUAAAAAACUGGAAUGGCUUAGACAUUACAUUGCGUAUGCGCCGAAUUUAUAUUAUAUCUGAGAAUACAAUCUGACAGCCAAGCGAAUAAAAACAAAAGAAACUCACAAUUUAUAUUAUUGUGCCAUUGUCACAAUUUGUAUAACAUUUAUUGAAAAUGGCGGAAAUAUUAAGUUGUGAUUUUGAAGUACAUGGCAUUGUUCAAGGUAACUGGAGAAUUGCGUUCUUUUAAUAUAUUUCUUACAUCAGCAACCGACACCACUUUUUUUACAGGAGUUUCUUUCCGCAUGUACACCGAAAAGCAGGCUAAAUCUCUGAGUGUGCGUGGGUGGUGCAUGAACACACCACACGAUACCGUCAAGGGUCAAAUCGAGGGUACACCGGAAGCCUUCGAGCAAAUGAAACUUUGGCUACAAAAAACUGGAAGCCCUACUAGUCGCAUUGAUAAGACCGACUUUAGCGAGACGAAAAAAUUACAUGAUUUUACAUUUUCAAAUUUUUCAAUUCGUCAUUGAUCGUAUUAUAAUGUAAAUACAAUAUUUUAGUGCAAAUAAACUCAGUGAUUGGAAAAACAAAAUAUUAAACACCCAGUAACAAUC